AAAUUUCACAAAAUUUAGCCAUUCUUUCGUUUAGAACUAAAGCAGAAUUCACCAUGAAUGGACUUGUGAUACUAUCAACUCUAGCUGUAGUAUCAGCGUUUGACGUAACCAAAGAAUGUGAGAGCAGCACAGGUGUCGACUGGAAAGAAGACCCGACCGAUUGUUCCGUGUUUUAUUUAUGUUACAAUGGACAGAGGACUAAAUAUGUUUGUCCUGAGAAUAUGGUAACGGACUCCGACAGCAAGGCCUGUGUUCCAAGAGGGUCGAGGUUAGACAAAUGUUCUAAGAAAGACACACCACUUCAACAAUGUAACGCUGCCCUGAAGGAAUCAUGUGCCAGAUACAUACACUGUCCCGUCCCGAGGGAGCUAGGAACGCCCGUUAUACCGGAAGUACAAGAGUGUCCCUAUCCACUCCUGUACGACGAGGACAGUAAGCUUUGUGCCUAUCCAGACUCCAUCAAUUGUGGCGACAGGAUCGAACCCAAGGAUCCAUGUGAAUAUAAGGCCAAUCAGUGUGAAGGUCCUAAUUGUGUGCCGUGUAGCGCCCGUCAUCCCAGCUGUACCGGACAACCGGACGGACUGAAUGUGUGGCCUGGAAGGGAACAGACCCCUUAUUUUGUUGUCUGUCGAGGAGAUCGCGUGAUCUACCAGGGUCUGUGUCCAGAGGGAAAUAAGGAGCGAAUUUUCGACCCUGAAGCAGCAGGAUGUGUGGAUAUAUAGAACCAUUGUAAUGAACUGUAUAUCGAUGUAUUCCAGUGAGGCUCUACAACACUGACUAUCUCCACCAUGAUAUUUAUUCUUCUGAGAUUACAUAUGAUAUUUCUUACAAUAAUGUUUUGUAAUAAAUGUUUUUUCACAUAAAA